GCUGCCCACCAGGCCCACCUCCUGGUCAGCUGGACGUACAGCACAGGCUGUAACCGCCUCUACAGUGACAUGAUCAGACUGAAUCCGUCUCCUCCUCCUCCAUUGGUAUCUGAGGAGCCAUCGCGAUCCUCACCCAGCCCAGUCCACAAUGACCAGUGGGACCAGGAGGCUGAUAGGGCCCAUCGUCUCAACCCUGUCCACUACGACCUUGAGGCCAAACUGGGAUCGAGGCGAGGCGGGUACACUGACCAUCUCCCGGCCCACUUCGUCUGCCAGGUCUCCAAUGAGGGCUCUGAGGGCUACCAGGUCUCUGAGGGCUAACAGGUCUCUGAGGGCUACCAGGUCUCUGAGGGCUACCAGGGCUACCAGGUCUCUGAGGGCUACCAGGGCUCUGAGGGCUACCAGGGCUCUGAGGGCUACCAGGGCUACCAGGUCUCUGAGGGCUACCAGGUCUCUGAGGGCUACCAGGUCUCUGAGGGCUACCAGGGCUCUGAGGGCUACCAGGUCUCUGAGGGCUACCAGGUCUCUGAGGGCUACCAGGUCUCUGAGGGCUACCAAGGCUCUGAGAGCUACCACGGCUCUGAGGGCUACCAGUAUGUCUAAGACCCCAUCCACCACGUCUGCAGCCUCUGUAACCUCGGCAACGUCUGCAGCCUCUGUAACCUCUGCAACGUCUGCAGCCUCUACAGACAGCAAAGGUGGUAAAUCCUCCCAGAAGUCCUCAGCCUCGGGUUCGGAGUCGGCUCCCAAGAAGGUGUCUAAGAAAGAGCAGAAGAGACAGGACAUGGAGAAGAUACACACCACCCUACUCUGCAGCGUGUUUGGAGCAGAGAGAGAGUUGGCUCAAGCUGAGUUGGAUGAGCUGGACUUUGCCUUCAAGGAGUUUGACUACGACUGUGACGGCUACCUGAACUACAAGGACGUGGCAGAGUGUAUGAGGACCAUGGGCUACAUGCCCACUGAGAUGGAGCUUCUGGAAAUAGUACAACAGAUUAAGAUGAGGAUGGGUGGUCUGAUGGACUUUGAUGACUUCUGUGAGCUAAUGGGUCCCAGGAUAAUGGGGGAGACUGUUGACAUGCUGGGGCUGAAGGAGCUCAGAUCAGCCUUCUCUCAGUUUGACCAAGACUGUGAUGGGAAAAUCAGUCAGGAUGAGAUGAAGGAAGCGGUGAAGUGUUUUCUGGGGGAGAAACUGAAGAAAGGAGAGCUGGAAGAUAUCCUCAAGGAGAUUGACAUCAAUGGAGAUGGAAGCGUCGACUUUGACGAGUUCGUCAUGAUUCUGUCCAUUCGAUAAGCGCUGGAAGACCUGAGAGGACGCUAUCGCUUUAAUGAAUCUUGUUAGACUAAGACGAGAUAACAUUGUAUGUGUGCAUCUGUGUGUACUACUACACAUGUACUACCGUUUAAAAGUUUGGGGUCACUUAGAAAUGUACUUGUUUUUGAAAGAAAAGCAAUUUUUUUGUCCAUUAAAAUAACAUGAAAUUGAUCAGAAAUACAGUGUAGACAUUGUUGAUGUUGUAAAUGACU